AUGGCGACUUCGCAUACGCAGGGAUCCGAUGGAAGUGACCAACAGGUCGAAAUGUGGAAGAUGAAAAAGCUGAUCAGGAGUUUGGAGGCCGCCAGAGGUAAUGGCACAUCCAUGAUCUCUCUUAUCAUUCCACCCAAGGAUCAAGUUUCUCGUGUUGGCAAGAUGCUUGCUGAUGAGUAUGGUACAGCAUCCAAUAUCAAGUCGCGUGUGAAUCGUCUUUCAGUGCUUUCAGCCAUUACGUCGACACAACAACGUCUCAAGUUGUAUACCAAGGUUCCUCCCAAUGGUCUGGUGGUCUACUGCGGAACAAUUGUCACCGAGGAGGGAAAGGAGAAAAAGGUCAACAUUGAUUUUGAGCCUCACAAGCCCAUCAACACGUCGUUGUACCUGUGCGACAACAAGUUCCACACCGAGGCGUUGCAAAGUCUCUUGGAGGAUGAUGCCAAGUUUGGUUUCAUUAUCAUGGAUGGUAACGGGUCAUUGUUUGGUACGCUUUCAGGCAACACGCGUGAUGUGAUCCACAAGAUGCAAGUCGAUCUUCCCAAAAAGCAUGGUCGUGGUGGUCAAUCGGCUCUUCGUUUUGCUCGUUUGCGUGAAGAGAAACGCCACAACUACGUUCGCAAGGUGGCCGAAUUGGCUGUGCAAUUCUUCAUUUCCAAUGAUAAGGUCAAUGUGGCGGGUCUCGUCUUGGCUGGUUCAGCUGAUUUCAAAACCGAGCUCUCUCAAUCCGAUAUGUUUGAUCAACGUUUGCAAUCCAAGAUUGUCAAGGUGGUGGAUGUAUCCUAUGGUGGUGAAAAUGGUUUCAACCAAGCCAUUGAACUCUCAGCAGAGUCGCUUUCGAAUGUCAAAUUCAUUCAAGAAAAGAAGCUCAUCCAAACCUAUUUCAACGAGAUCUCUCAAGACAGCGGCAAGUACUGCUUUGGUGUGGAUGAUACUUUGAAAGCGCUUGAAUUGGGUGCUGUUGAAAACUUGAUCGUUUAUGAAGGCCUUGAGCUCAAUCGUUAUGUCCUCAAGAAUGUCGCUGGUGAUGAGAUCGUGUAUCAUCCUACCAAGCAAGAAGAGAAGGAUCGUGCUUUCAUCAAGGAUACUUCUCCUGAUGCAGCUCCCAAUGCUGAAAUGGAUGUUGUGGAGGUUCAACCCUUGCUUGAGUGGUUUGCUGAAAAUUACAAGAACUUUGGUACAUCUCUCGAGUUUAUCACCAAUCGAUCACAGGAAGGUUCCCAGUUUGUCAAAGGAUUUGGUGGUAUUGGCGGUAUCCUAAGAUACCAAGUCAACUUUGAGCAGCUCAACUAUGAAUCGGACGAAUUCCUUUCUGAUGAUGAAUAG